GGAGGUCGGCGUUACCUUCACUGCAGUUGCUGCCCAUCCAGCCGGCGUCACACACGCACCGAGCUGUGUAAACACACAAACGGGCGUGAGCCACAACACAGAAAGGCUCCGAAACAGCGGCAGCUCACGCUCAGGAGCCUCUGCCCCCAUCCCACCCGCAGGAGAGGAACCCUGAGCUCAAGCACAGGCUGGGUUCCAACUGCAGCUGCCAAACACGGCAGGCUCUCCUGCUGAUUGCACCGCCAGAGAUUAACUCUGGGGGCAACUGGCAGCAGCACCUGCACCCACUGAGCUCUGCCCAGUGCCUUCAGUGGGGCCAGGCUGGCUGAGCCAGGGAGGAGACACAGAAACAGAGCAGCUGGGGUGUGAUGGCAGUGCCCAGCUUCAAAAGGAGUGGAUGAAAGAGCAGUUGAUGAAGAGCUCAGCUGCUCUGUGGGUAAUACACUGCCCUGCCCUUCAGAUUUACAAACCAGGAGCACAGCCCCUGAGGGCAGAAAAGGGAAACUGAGACACAGAGUUGGAAGUCAAGUUCUAUUACAGGCCCAGCCCUGCUGCUGUCUACUAAAGGCAACGUGUUCUGACCAUCUCUGCUGCUGCUUCAGAUGCUGCAGGGAAGGGGAAAGCAGCUCCAUACACCCAGAAGACACCUGGGAGCAGGAGGCCUUUGGAGUCAGCCUGAGAAGCAGCUGAGGGAGGGAGCCUGAUGACAGCAAAACAGCUCCAAAACAGUUUCAGCAAGGCCACAGGUCCCAAGUUGGCCCAAAGCUUUUCCAGUAUGUCCUAAAAGUCAUUGUGCAGGCAAUACAAUUGCUGUACACAAUGCUGAAGAUAGAUCAGCCAUCCUAUAUUCUUCUUCAGAAUCCUCCAGGCUUGCCUGGUAUAGCUGUUGCCUGGGUAGCAUGUCUAUUCUGGAGAAGCAAGAUGAUAAUAGAUUGGCACAACUAUGGAUACACCAUAAUGAGCCUGAGCCAUGGAAGAAACCAUCCGCUGGUACACGUUGCAAAAUGGUAUGAGAAGCUCUUUGGACGUCUGUCUGACUACAACUUGUGUGUUACUAAUGCAAUGAAGGAAGAUCUGUGGGUGAAUUGCAACAUCAAGGCAGUGACACUGUAUGACAAGCCAGCUGCUUAUUUUAAGGAGACACCAUUAGAACUUCAACACCGUUUGUACAUGAAACUUGCCAGAGACUAUGAGCCUUUUAAAGCAAGGCACACUACAGAGUCUGCCAGCUGGAAUGCAGAGAGGUCUGCCUUUACAGAAAUGGAUGAGAGAAAUGGGCAGGUGGUGAAAAGCAGAGGACGACCAGCUCUCCUCAUCAGCAGCACAAGCUGGACAGAGGAUGAAGACUUUUCAGUCCUUCUAAAAGCUUUAGAAGAUUAUGAGCAGUUUAUCAAUGAGGGAGCCAAGCUGCCACCUUUAGUCUGUGUGAUAACAGGUAAAGGACCUCUAAAAGACUACUACAACAGAUUGAUAGAUAAACUACACUUCAAACAUAUCCAGAUCUGCACACCGUGGCUCGAAGCUGAGGAUUACCCACUUCUGCUUGGCUCAGCAGACCUGGGGGUGUGUCUCCAUAAGUCAUCCAGUGGUCUGGAUUUACCCAUGAAGGUGGUUGAUAUGUUUGGCUGUUGUUUACCAGUGUGUGCAAUAUAUUUUGAAUGCUUACAUGAACUCGUGAGACACGAUGAAAAUGGUUUGAUAUUCAGGGACUCAAAUCAACUUGCAGAACAGCUAAAGAUGCUUUUGAUGGGCUUUCCCACACUGGAAGGCAAACUUCAGAGCUUCAGGAGAAACCUCCGAACAGCCAAGCAGCUGCGCUGGGAUGAGAGCUGGGACCAGACUGUUCUGCCUUUGCUUGGGCAGAAUGAAUGACCUUUUGUGGGCCAGGACAGUAUCUAAAAGCUGACACAUUCCUGGAGCUGCAGAGAUUGAUAAGUAGUGAAUAAACACUUUGUCUAUAGUUGCGGUUUUUAACUACUUCAUCUUGGAACAAGUGCUUGGACUCGCCUCUUCCAUGACAAUUUGAGCCUCUCGUGUGAGUGAGAAGAGUGCUGGAGGUGCAGUGAGGGUAUAGCUUAAGUUUUUGAGGGAAGGUGUGGUCCCUGUGUUGCAGAACUUGAGCCAUCCCACCUGGACUGCCUUUUCUUCCUUAUCACUCAGGGGUGUUCAGUCUGGAGGAGGCUGAGGGCAGAUAUCAUCACUCUACAACUCCCUCACAGGAGGCUGUGGCCAG